AUGAAGAGAACACUUUCGAGAUAUAACAAGUUCCUAGAUUCCUCAGAGCCAGCUAAUAUAGUAUACAAGGCUGAGAAACAAGACUCGAAAGAGGUGGAUGUUCUAAAAGAAGAAAUUGCAAAGCUACAAGUAAAACAGUUGCGACUUUCGGGGAGGGACUUGACUGGAUUGAGCUUAAAAGAAUUGCAACACCUAGAAAAGCAAUUAAAUGAAGGGUUGUUAUGCGUGAAAGAGAAAAAGGAGCAGUUACUGAUGGAACAAUUAGAGCAAUCAAGAGUACAGGUUGAGGAGCUUCGAGGUUUCUUUCCAUCAACUGAUCACUCAGUCCCAACUUAUCUUCAAUACUAUGCGACUGAAAGGAAGAAUUCUCCCAUAGACAAUGGCUCCACAAGUCCUCCUGUAGCCUUCAAUUACUCCAUUGAGAAAGUCGAUUCAGACACGACUUUGCAUUUAGGGCUGCCAGCUGACGCGUAUCGCAAGAGGAAAGCUCUAGACGGAGAAAGCCAUUCCAAUGAUUCUGAUAGCCGACUCAGCCUGCUGUAA